AUGGCUAAUGACAUCAUUUCCUUGCAGGCGGCAAAGGCAUGGGCGGCUGGGAAGGCGGGAUCCGGGUCCCCGGGAUCGUCCGGUGGCCCGGGGUGCUGCCCGCCGGCCGGGAGGUCCACGAGCCCACCAGCCUGAUGGACGUGUUCCCCACCGUGGUCCGGCUGGGGGGCGGCGAGACGCCCCAAGACAGGGUGAUAGACGGCCGGGACCUGCUGCCCUUGCUGCUGGGGACCGCCCAGCACUCGGACCACGAGUUCCUGAUGCAUUAUUGCGAGAAGUUUCUGCACGCGGCCCGGUGGCACCAGAGAGAAAGGGGCGCCAUAUGGAAGGUGCAUUACCAGACGCCCGUGUUCCACCCCAACGGCGCGGCCGCCUGCUAA